GGCAAAAACUACUCGAACCCAAAAGUCCCGUUGUCUUGUGUUUACCCACUAUAUCCAUGAUUAUCUCAUAUCCAAGCACAAAAUUGUAAGAUCUCACCAGCCGCCGGCGAAUUGUCAGUCUGUCGCCGCCACUAUUCCUCAUCCUCCGCCGACGCCAAGUUUUUCCUUCCGCUUUAGAGUUUCCUUGUCAGGCCGUGUUAUGUUGUCAUAAUGUUGAUUAGGAGGGCUGCGAUUUCUACUAAAGAGUCUGCAACUCAAGCUUGUGUAGGUAUCUAGGAUUGAAUUCAUUGAUUUCGAUUGAUAGAAGCUAAACUAGUUACACAUGGCCUGCACUUGUGCUUCUACUGCACUUUUUUUGGAUAGUCGGAGACAAUCCACAUCUCGAGUGAAAACUGUUUUACCUCAUAAAAACAUCAAGGCUCACUUGGAGGCUCAUGAGUUUACUUUCAUUGCUAAAGUGAAUCGGUUGCAGCAUACAGUUGUUACUAAAGCAUUUGAUUUGAGACAUGCCUUUCCUUCAUUUAAACCUGAACUCUUGUUGGAUAGAGGCAAUUAUGGGAAUAAUGGCAACAACAAUAACAAUGGCAAUGGAAAUAACAAUGAUAAGAAUGAUGAUGAUGGUGACAAUGGCCAUGAGGAAAGUCAUGGUGCGUAUCUGUCUGCCUUUGCAGUGUUUUGGACCUAUCACGUGACUUCUUUUUUUGGUGACCAAGCUCGGGUAAAUUACCUCAAAUUCGGAGAGGGGACAUUUUCUGCUCGACAGCUUUUGCUAUGCUUGCUGUCAGUUUUGGGUUUUUUCCGCCUUUUCCAUUUGGAUUCCGCUAGUGCAAUAAGUGGAAAUGAUCUGGUUGGGAGGACUACAAAUGAGGAGGUUGUAUGGGAGAUCAAGGGAAGUCAAAGAAAAAAGCUUAUCCCCAAUCCUUCAAACGAUGAAUUUUUGGUGGUUCCAUCGUCAUCUCGAAUGCCUUCAUCAACAUCAGCUAAGGGGGAUAUGGAUGAUGGAAAUCCUAAUCUCUCGGUACGACUUCCUCGUUUAUGGUUGGUUUGUAAAGAUUUAGUUUUUCGUUUGAUGCUACCUGAUGGCUUUCCAGAAAGUGUGACCAGUGAUUAUUUGGAUUAUUCUUUGUGGAGAGGGGUUCAAGGUAUUGCCAGCCAGAUUAGCGGAGUACUUGCCACACAGUCUUUGCUUUUUGCUGUUGGGCUGGGAAAGGGGGCAAUUCCAACUGCAGCAGCAAUAAACUGGGUUCUUAAGGAUGGAAUUGGAUAUCUUAGCAAGAUCACGUUAUCAAAAUUUGGGCGACAUUUUGAUGUGCAUCCCAAAGGAUGGAGGUUGUUUGCUGAUCUUUUGGAGAACACUGCAUUUGGAUUGGAGAUGCUAACACCUGCUUUUCCUCAUCUUUUUGUCUUCAUUGGUGCUGCUGCAGGGGCUGGGCGAUCUGCUGCUACAUUGAUCCAGGCUGCCACUAGAAGUUGUUUUUAUGCGGGCUUUGCUGCAAAGAGGAAUUUUGCAGAGGUUAUCGCAAAGGGUGAAGCUCAAGGAAUGGUGAGCAAGUCUAUUGGUAUCUUGCUUGGGAUUGCAUUAGCUAAUAAAGUAGGCUCCUCAACACCACUCGCCUUGGCUUCUUUUGGUAUAAUAACUUGGGUCCACAUGUACUGCAAUCUGAAGUCUUAUCAAUCUAUUCAACUGAGGACUUUGAAUCCCUAUCGAGCAAGUUUAGUGUUUAGUGAAUAUCUUUUGAGUGGUCAGGUGCCUUCGGUUAAAGAUGUCAAUAAUGAGGAACCUCUUUUUCCUGUGUUACCUUUUUUGAAUUUGAGGCCGUCAUAUAAACCAGAUUCUUCAAAUCUUUCUAUUAAAGCCAAGAAUGCAGCUGCUGAAAUUGAGAGGCGGCUGGAGCUAGGAUCUGCACUCAGUGAUGUGAUUGAGAGAAGGGAGGAUGUGGAUGCCCUUAUCAAUCUCUAUAGAAAUGAUAACUACAUUUUAACCGAGUACAAUGGAAAAUUUUGUGUUAUACUUAAAGAAAGUGCUUCACCACAAGACAUGCUUCAGUCUUUGUACCAGAUCAACUUUCUAUAUUGGCUGGAGACAAAUGCUGGAAUAAAAUCGAAAACGGCUUUUGAUGACUGUAAACUGGGCGGCAAGUUACAGAUAUCUCUUGAUUAUACGCAAAGGGAGUUUGAGCAUGUGAAGCAUGAUAGUGAAAUAGCAGGUUGGGUCAUUGAUGGUCUUAUUGCUAGGCCUAUGCCUCACAGGAUUCGUGUCAACAAUGUUUUAGUAGCUGAUAGCACAUAAGAUCUCAACAAUUCCUGGACAAUAUACGAAAAGUGAAAAUGAUAUAUUGAUGGUGCAAUCGUCAGAUACCAAAUAUUUAUCCAGACAACAUUGUUUCGGCUGCGUCUAGUAACUGAUGUCGGCACAUGAUUUUGAUUAUUCUAGUAGAAGAGGAUGCACCAAUCUUUUGUAUUUAAGGCUUUGGCAUUGUUGUAGGAGAAGAAGAUGAUUGAAUUGUCGGAUGCAUAAGUAGUUCAAUUUGAUGUUUUUAUUUUAGAAAGAAAUGGGCGACUAAACAUCAAAGUUUAGUCUUUGUACUAAUUUGGUGUUGCUUUCCUUGGAAAAAGAGCAGAAGAAGCUAAUGUUUGGGACUCCAAGUGCCAAAAAGGCAUGCCAUUAGAUCAAUUCUACAACUUCAUUUAUUUGCAAACGUUCAUUAUUCAAUGAUUUAUAUAGCCUUCGGUCCUUGGGUUGAUGCACAUUUUAAUCUUCUGCACUGGGUUUAUUGCAAAUACUCCGUCCAUCUCUAUGAGAUUGCUUUAUUAAUUUGAAUGUGUUGCUAUGAAUUAUUUUUGUGGUAAAUAAUCUGAAAAUUAAUGGAAUGUAUUUAUACUAAUCGUUGUCCUCUAAACAAAUAUGAUCAAGUUAUGAUACCAAAA